AUCGAAAUUGAGCCCUCAAACCACAUUCUCUACUCUAACCGCUCGGCUGUUUACUCCGCGCAAUCCCAAUACGAGAAGGCUCUCGAGGAUGCCAACAAGGCUACGGAUCUGAAGGCGGACUGGUCGAAGGGAUGGCUCCGCAAGGGUGCCGCUUACCGUGGUCUAGGCGACCUCUGUAAGUUGGGAGAUGUGGUGCGGUGAGACUGUAUCUGGGUUACUAAUACGUGUGUAGUGGCUGCCCACGAUGCGUACGAAGAGGCCCUCAAGCUCGAGCCUACCAACGAACAGGCCAAGACCGGUUUCAAUGCUGUCAAGAGGGCUAUCGAGGCGGAGGCCACGGCCGACGGUGUUACUGGUGACCCUAUGGGAGGACUUGGUGGUAUCUUCAACGACCCUCAGAUGUAUCAGAAGCUGGCCAGCAACCCCAAGACCUCCCCGCUCUUGGCCGACGCCGACUUCAUGGCCAAGCUCCAGCGCAUUCAGCAGAACCCCAACAGCGUUGGUCAGGAGAUUCAAGACCCUCGCUUCCUGCAGGUCAUGAGUGUGUUGCUGGGCAUUGACAUGAGCUUCGGCGCUCCCCCGGAGGGCGCUAGCUCUGCCGGUGCUGCCCCCGAGGCUGAGGAGGAUGUGCCCAUGCCUGAUGCUCGCCCUGCCGCUGCUGAGAAGAAGAAGGAACCUGAACCGGCACCCGAGCCCGAGGCUGAGCCCGAGGACGAGGAGGCAAUCGCCAAGAAGAAGGCCCAGGAAGCUGCUGACGCCGAGAAGAAGAUUGGUAACGACUUCUAUAAGAAGAAGCAGUUCGAUGAGGCUAUUGAGCACUACAACAAGGCCUGGGAGCUGCACAAGGACAUUACGUACCUCAACAACCUUGGUGCUGCCAAGUUCGAGAAGGGUGACCUUCAGGGCGCCAUCGAGACCUGCCAGAAGGCCGUCGAGGAGGGCCGUGAGCUCCGUGCCGACUUCAAGGCCCUUGCCAAGGCUUUCGGAAGAAUCGGUACUGCACACGAGAAGCUGGGCGACCUUGCUCAGGCCAUCGAGUACUACCACAAGUCGCUCACUGAGCACCGCACACCCGAUGUCCUGACUAAGCUGCGCAACGCCGAGAAGGCCAAGGCCAAGGCCGAGAAGGAGGCCUACAUUGACCCCGCCGAGGCCGAGAAGGCCCGUGAACUGGGACAGAAGAAGUUCCAGGAGGCUGACUGGCCUGGUGCCGUCGAGGCCUUCUCCGAGAUGGUCAAGCGGGCGCCCGAGGACCCCCGCGGUUACUCCAACCGUGCUGCCGCCCUCAUCAAGCUGAUGGCCUUCCCUCAGGCCGUUCAGGACUGCGACGAGGCCACCAAGCGUGACCCCAAGUUCAUCCGCGCCUACAUGCGCAAGGCUCAGGCCUUGAUCGCCAUGAAGGAGUACAACAAGGCCCUGGAUGCCUGCACGGAAGCUUCCGAGCACGACGAUGGCACCCACGCUCGUGAGAUCGACCAGCAGCAGCAGAAGUGCCUGGAGGCUCAGUUCAGCGCCCGUGCCGGCGAGACCGAGCAGCAGACCAUGGAGAGAAUCCAGAACGACCCCGAGGUAAGCCAUGACCAUAACCAGAGAGCUUCAAGGAUGUCUCGACUAACUCUUCCUAGAUCAUGUCCAUCCUCCAAGACCCUGUCAUGCAGAGCAUUCUGCAACAGGCCAAGAGCGACCCUGCCGCUCUGCAGGAACACAUGAAGAACGCCCAGGUGCGGAUGAAGAUCCAGAAGCUGAUGGCGGCUGGUGUCAUCCGUCUGGGACGGUGAGGAGCGAGCAGUAUAAAUGAAAGCCCACACAUUCCUAGUAAUGCAAAUGAAGAAAAAGCGGACUGGAUUGGCACGGCGAUUAAUUGAUGUCUUUGUUUUUAACGGCGAUUACGAUGCAUGUGUUUCUAGUGACAUGAGAUGACAUCCGAAUUGAUUAUAUAUCAGUUGCAAGUUGCAACGUUUGCUAAGACUCGACUAGUAGUAGUCUACCUAGAAAGUAAACCCCCAUCCUAAAAUAGGAGUUUAGUACUACUAAUUGGAGACAGUAAUAGUGACGGCGAUGACCGAAAUGCAAAAUAGUACGUAGUAGACCGCCACGCCACAUGCCUUCUCCCUCGCUUAAUACUACAGCGAAGCCACAUCAAGAUUGCAGACAGGCC